AUGUACAAGCUUAUCCUUUCUCUCAUCGUCCUCUCUUGUGUCUACACUGCUGUUGCCAACGCCUCAUGUGCCACCAUGGGAUGCACAUUCGAAGCCCCCAAAUGCUACGGAGCGGCCGGCACCCAGCCACAAUGCUACCCAAUGGGACUGUGCACUCAGAUGCCCUGUCUACCAGGCAAGGAAUGCAUUAACGUUAAUGGCCUGGACCAAUGCCUCAGGACCACCCACUGCCCAAGCUGCCCAUCCGACUCUGUCUGCUACUUCUUCUCUAACACUCCUCUCCCAGCAUGCUACAAGCUCUUUGGCAACUGCGGUCCAAUGGGGUGCCCUUCUGGCCAGGUCUGCAUCAAGAACCCCAUAUCAUUAUCAACUCCAACACAUAAUGUGGACAUCGACCUGUUUAACGACUACGAGCAACAGUCAACAUCAUUCGACAUACUCAUCGUCAAUGGUCAACUCAACCUCGAGACCAACAAUAAUCAAUUCACAUAUGGCUUGAACGAUCAAGUAACUCUAUCUGUAGAUACAACAACAACAACAAAACAAACAUCAUCAAUCUACCAACGCACAUCCAUUGUCAUCACAGAUACAGAUCAGACGAUCAAUGGCAUCAAGACAUUCACAGACCCAACACACCUAUCAUCAAUCACCAGUGAAGUCUAUGCAACAGGUCUAUUCAGGAUAGGCGACAGCCCAUACCAGGUGUCCAAGAUCACCCUCAUCAAUCAAUCACCCCGCCAACGAGGAUGCCGCAUCAGCGGUAGCUUCCGCACCUCAGCUGGACACGUCAAUCGAGCAACAGCUGUCUGA